AUGUCAAAAAACUCAACAGAGAACUCAACUAACCCUCACUCAGCUCCUCUAGGUCUGGUCCUGGGAAGCAUUUCACUGAUCACCAUUGUCAUGAAUAUAUUAGUACUAUGUGCUGUGAAAACUGAAAAGAAGCUGCAAACAGUUGGCAAUUUAUACAUAGUCAGCCUCUCUAUUGCAGAUCUUAUAGUUGGUGCAGCUGUUAUGCCUCUGAAUAUUGUUUAUCUCCUAAGUGGUGCGUGGACUCUAGGCUUACCGGCCUGUUUGUUCUGGCUGUCAAUGGAUUACGUGGCCAGUACUGCAUCCAUUUUCAAUCUCGUCAUAUUGUGCAUUGACCGUUAUCGUUCAGUUCAGCAACCACUGCAAUAUCUCAAGUAUAGAACAAAAAUGAGAGCAUUGCUCAUGAUUUUGGGGGUUUGGUUGCUCUCUUUCACGUGGGUCAUUCCAAUCCUAGGUUGGCAUGUUUUUGCUAAUAACGGGGAAAGGAAAGUGAAAGACAAGUGUGAAACUGAAUUCUCUCAAGUCACCUGGUUUAAAGUGUUGACAGGCAUUCUCAAUUUCUACCUACCCUCUAUCAUGAUGUUAUGGUUCUACUAUAAAAUAUUCCGAGCUGUUCGAAAACACUGUCAACACCGAGAGCUCAUCAAUGGAUCAGGUUGGUCUUUCUCAGAAAAAAAAGCCAUAGAUCAUACUAAAAGGAAGGACAAGCAAAAUAUUUGCCUCCAAAAGCAAAUCUUAUAUGAGAACAACCCUCCCGAAGACAAGCAAAGCUCGCCUCAGCCCAAAAAUACAGAGACAGAGCUUCAUUUCAGUAAUCCUGACAAGUCUUCAAGGGCAUUCGUUGGCAAGAGUAAUAGGAAAGUCCUUAAAUGGAGCUGUUUUCCUUUCACCACUGCCCAGUCUGAGCCAGGCCUGGAUAAAGCAGGAGAGAAGUGUAUGUCUGUAACAGAAGAGAAUGAAAAUGAAGAGGAGCCUUGUUCACAAGACAGUGACUUAAGUGAUGCAUCAGACAACCAUACUUUCACAGAGGAGGUACCCUGUGGAGACCACUCCAAUCCUAACCCUGAAAGAGCCUGCAGUCCUCCGGGAAAGACUGAGAACAGGGAUUUUGGAAGACUGACUUACCUGAGGAAAACCUGGCAAAGUCUGCAUACCCAUUCCAAAAAGCAUAUUCAAGGACUGCAUGGGAACAGGGAGAGGAAGGCAGCCAAGCAGUUAGGUGUCAUAAUGGCAGCCUUUAUGCUGUGCUGGAUUCCCUAUUUUGUAUUAUUUAUGGUAAUAGCUUUCCAUGGCCAUGAACAAUUUUCGCACUUACACAUGUUCACUAUAUGGCUUGGCUAUGUGAACUCCACCUUAAAUCCAUUCCUGUAUCCUCUUUGUAACCAGAAUUUCAAGAAGACAUUCAAAAAGAUCCUGCACAUUCACUGA